AAUUGUCCAUGUUUAGUGUGAACAUGGUGACAAUCUUUCUCAACAUUAUAAUAUGAUGACUAUUGAAGACUCUCUCAAAUGGUAAAGCAAGUGAGCUGUUAUCUUUUUCCUAAAUAAAUGUAAAAAUAAUAUAAAAGGAGCUGUGUGACAACAAUAAUUCAAAAGGCAGACAAGUAGUUGAAGCAAAAGUCAUAAAGUGAAGCAAAAAUCAUAAAGUGAAGAUUCCUCAGACCAUGAAAAUCCAUUUGGGAAUAAAAUUACAAGAGGAAACAGCCAAGUGAAAACAGAAGAAGUAGAAAGUGGUCAACAAAGGGCUACUUCAGGUCUAUCAAAGGCUUCUCAUUCUCUGUUUUGCUGAGAAGAAAAAUAAAAGGCUACUCAUUCUCAAGUGAAAAACAGAGGGGAGAAAAACCAUCUUGAUAUUAUUUCUCAUUUGCAAUCCUCCCUAUUUGUUAUUCUUUAUCCCCUUCAAUUGUAAACUCCCCUUGUAAGCUCUCGAAGUAUACAAUUCUUCUGAAGAAAAUAUUCAAGUUUUAGUUUAUUUGGAAAACAGCAAGAUAAUCUGAACAAUACGAUGAAGAACAGUUAAUGCAAUUGAUCGAAGAAAAUGGUCUCCUAGCUAGGAUCGGUGGGCAACAAGUCAAAGCAUUCACCCUCUUUCUCACUGAUGUGAUAGAAUUGGAAGAAGGGGAGCCUAAAAACUUGGUCACUAUGCUAGAAGCAGGAGUUUGAACUGUGAAGUUAAAAAUGGAUCAGGCUGUAGUGAAACUCUUGACUGACAAUAUCAUUUCAAUUCUUUCAACUGAAGCAUCGUUGUUAUGGGGGACUCGUGAUGCAAUUGAAGAUAUCAAAGAUGAGUUGUUAAGCAUGCAAUCGUUCUUACUAGAUGCUGAUAGGAAGGGAGUAGGGAGUGAAGGAGAGAAAACUUGGGUGGCAAAUGUGAGAGACAUGGCGUAUGAUGUUGAAGACAUUAUUGAUAAGUUCAUGUAUCACAUGAAUCUCCAACGAAUUGGGGGUCGAUCUUCUUGGAUCCUUAACCACACCAUUUACUUUCCAAAAAAUCUCUGGGUGAGGCGUCAAACAGCCACCAAGAUACAAAAAAUUAAUGGGAAAAUCAAGGGCGUACCAGAGAGGAAGCAAAGAUAUCGUACAGAGGGAACUAGUUCUAAAGAUAAUCAGAAACGAGUGGUGCAGCAUGCUGAAUUAUCUCUUCUUUUUAAGGAAGACGAACUUGUAGGGAUUGAAGAGAAAAGGCAAUUGUUAAUGGGUUGGUUGAUGGAUGGAGAACAACACCAAACUGUCAUUUCGAUAGUUGGGAUGGGAGGUUCAGGCAAGACCACACUAGCUGCCAACACCUACAACAAUGAUGAUGUAAAGAAACAUUUCAACUACUGUUGUGCAUGGAUCACAAUUUCCCAAGCAUAUGACAUAGAAGAUUUAUUGAGGAGCAUGAUUAAUCGAUUUUACAGGUCAAUGAAGGAAGUGGAUCCUACAAACUUGAGUUCCGUGAAUCACAUAGAGCUAGUGAAAAUGCUGGUGGGCUUUUUAAAGGAUAAAAUGUAUCUACUUGUCUUGGAUGACGUGUGGGACACAAAUCUCUUGGAUGAAAUAAAUGUAUUACUUCAACAUAGUAGUCUUGGGAGCAGAAUCAUCAUUACAACUCAAAAAGAAGAUGUAGCUUGCUAUCAUUUAGGAGGUAAACAUUAUAUUCAUCAUAUUCAAUUGCUGCAAAAUGAAGAAGCCUGGGAACUCUUUUGCAAGAAAGCAUUUGCAAGUAGUCCUAAUGGAAGUUGUCCACCGGAGCUUAAAUCUUUUGCUCAGGAACUUGUGGGAAAAUGUAAAGGCCUACCUCUUGCAAUUGCAGCUUUGGGCCGUCUUAUGUAUUCCAAGAAUAUGUCUCAGUGGAACGAAAUUCACAACAACUUGAACUGGAGUCUAAGUAAAAAUCCUAAGCUAAAAGCAGUGGAGAGCAUUUUGAUGUUUAGUUUCAACGAUUUACCAUAUCAGUUGAAGCAUUGUUUCUUAUAUUGCUCUCUUUUCCCAGAAGAUCAUGAGAUUCGAAGAAAAAGGCUCAUUAAGCUAUGGAUGGCAGAAGGAUUUGUAGAACAAGAUAAAAGCUACUUGCCAGAGGAAGUAGCAGAGAGCUAUCUAUUAGAACUCAUUUUACGAAGCAUGCUUCAAGUUGUAGAGAGGAAUGAAUUUGGAAGGCCAAGGAGAUUCAAAAUGCAUGAUCUUCUGCGGGAUUUUGCUUUAUCAAUAUCAGAGAGAGAGAAGUUUGGUGUUGUACAUGAUGGAAGAGAAGAAAUGGAAGAAUGCAAAGCACGCCGCAUUUCAAUUCACAAAACCAAUAAAGAACUCAAAUCAUGUACAAUUAUGUCAAAGCUUCGUUGUUUUCUUGUUUUUGACAAGACACUGAAAUCAUUGCCUUCAGGAAGUAAAUUGUUAAGGGUUCUAGAUUUGGAGGAUGCCCCCAUUGAUGAAUUGCCUGAUGAAGUAUUCAAAUUAUUCAACUUAAGAUAUUUGAAUUUAAGGAGAACUUUACUUAAGAAGCUCCCAAAUUCCAUAGGGAGGCUCCUUAAUCUUCAAACCUUAGAUAUCUUUGGCACACAAAUAGAGACCCUUCCUCAUGGAAUAGGAAAGUUGCAAAACUUGCGAUACCUAUUUAUGUUUCGAUUCACUGGAAAUUGGAAUGACUUCAAUUAUUAUAUAGCAACGCAGACACCAUCAAAUAUUGUACGUUUAAAGAAUUUGCAAGCUGUGUGUUCUAUUGAAGCAAACGAUGACUUGGUAUUACAAAUUCGGAGCAUGACUCAACUAACCACAAUUGGUAUUUCAAAUGUGAAAGCAGCAGAUGAGACGGACUUAUGCAUCUCAAUUCAAAACAUGAGACUUCUUAGGAUCUUGUCUAUCAAGGUAACUGAUGAGGAGGAAACUCUCCGAAUGGAUGCACUCUCGUCUCCUCCUCCCAACCUUCAAAAGCUUCUUUUGACUGGAAAACUGGAGAAGGUGCCACAGUGGUUUCGUUCACUUCAAAGCCUCACAUAUUUGUAUUUGCAUUGGUCGAGACUGGAAGAAGAUCUACUCCCUCACAUCGCUGCUUUGCCCCAUCUGGGACGUCUUAAACUUACUAAUGCCUAUGUUGGAAAACAGCUACGUUUCGUUACAGGCUUUCUUAAGCUUACAGUGUUGUGGAUUUGUAAUUUCCCUCAAUUGGACGAGAUAAUAAUAGAAAAGGAGGUGAUGCCAAAUCUGAAAUCCCUAUGGAUUGACAGCUGCAUGGAGUUAAAGACUGUGCCCAUGGGCAUUGAAUACCUUCAAAAUCUCCAACAACUGGAUUUGACAUCUGCCUCAGGGGAACUUAAAAAUCGCAUUCGCAACGAGGAUAUUCUAAAGGUGCAGCACAUCCCAAAGAGGUACAUCUGGAAGUAAUUCAGAAUGUUUCACAAAGGAUGUUUUAGCUCUUAAGUGUUCACAUUGUUAUCCAGUGUUGCAGUGCAUCCAAAGAUCUACAUCUGGUAGUAAUUUGAGAAUGUUUCAUGAAGAAUGAUGCUGAAGAUUAUGAGUUUGCCUUAUUUGCUUCAAAAGGAUUCUAUUUUGUUUGGAGCUCUAAUUCUAAGUAUUGUUUGUGUAUUCUUGUUGUUGUUCAGUAAAUUAAUUCUCAAGACUUUGUUUCCUAUUUUUCUGUAAUAAAUGUAAAAGUUUGAACUUCAAGAUGCCUUUGUGGCAGUUUGUUGGAAAAUUGUCACUAGUUCAACCGUGGAUUGUAAUUUGUAGGUAAUUUAGCUUGUGUAAA